AUGGCAUCCUCCUCCUCCACGUCGCUGCAACUCGGACAAGUAUCCGAGAAACUCACAUGGGACAAUUAUGUCCUGUGGAAGGUGCAGUUCCUCCCUGCUGUUCGUGGCGCCCAGCUUCUUGGGAUCCUCGAGGGGAAGGUUCCCGCGCCAAGUCCAAUCCUGGAGGUACUGCUGGACGGCAAGAAGAAAGAAGUCUCCAACCCUGAGUACGAUUCGUGGGUGAGCAAAUAUCAACAGCUCCUCAGCUAUCUGCUGAAUUCCAUCACCCGAGAGGUGCUGGCAGGAGUAGCAACCACGACAACCUCCGCUGAAGCAUGGAAGGCGUUAGAGGUUAUGUUCGCGGUGCAAUCUAGAGCACGGGUCACCAACCUGCGAAUGCAACUAGCUACCUUGAAGAAGGGAAGCCUGACGACGGCGGCCUACUUCAACAAGAUGCAAAACAUCAAGGAUGAACUCGCCGCCGCCGGAAAAUCCAUUGGCGACGAAGAGGUGGUUGCUCAUAUUCUUAAUGGUCUUGAUUAUGAUUAUCACCCCUUUGUGUCUGCUAUGCUUGGCCGUGGGGAUGCUAUUUCCCUUUCAGAUCUAUACUCACAGUUGAUGGAGUACGAUCUUCGCCUUGAUAUGUUUCUCGUCGGCCAAUGCUGCUUCUCGCGGGCGCGGCUCUAA